GGGCCUUUUCAUUCAGGCACCUUCCAGGUCUCCUAGGAUGGGGUCUUUUAAGCUGCGCUUUUUUUGUAGGCGUUUGUCAUCUUGGUUCAGACCCAGGAAAGCAGCGGCGGCGGUGGAGGCGCAGACUUCGUUAUAACGCAGAAUCAUCGCAGAAUUGAAGGAUGGCGUCUAUGUUGAUGAAUUCUCUGAGGACCUGCCCGGUGAACUCCUCCAGGGCGCUCCAGUUUGCAACAUGGGCUCUCAGCGCAUCCGCUCCGCUGCAGGCUCAAGCAAAAAGUAAGAAGACUCUGUCCAAGCCUGGAGUGAGGAACGUUGUUUUGGUGGAGGGUGUCCGCACACCGUUCCUGCAGGCUGGCACCACAUACGCUGACCUGAUGGCUCAUGAUCUGGCCAGAGGCGCCCUGCAAGGUCUGCUGAACAGAACUGCGUUCCCUAAAGAAGCCGUGGAUUAUAUUGUCUAUGGAACGGUCAUUCAGGAGGUGAAGACCAGCAAUGUGGCCAGAGAGGCUGCACUGGGAGCCGGAUUCUCAGAUAAAACUCCAGCUCACACUGUGACUAUGGCCUGCAUCUCCUCCAACCAAGCCAUGACUACAGCCGUGGGCUUGGUCGCCUCCGGUCAGUGUGAUGCAGUCGUGGCCGGCGGAGUCGAGUUCAUGUCGGACGUCCCGAUUCGCCACAGCCGUAAAAUGAGGAAGAUGAUGCUGUCGCUAAACAGGGCGAGGACGCUCGGGGCCAGACUGUCUCUGCUGGGAUCUCUUCGCCUCUCGCACCUCGUACCUGAGCUCCCUGCAGUGUCUGAAUUCUCCACAGCAGAAAUGAUGGGUCACUCUGCUGACCGUUUGGCUGCUGCGUUCGGCAUUUCCCGGCUCGACCAGGACGAGUUUGCUCUGCGCUCCCACGUGCUCGCUAAGAAGGCGCAGGACGAGGGUCUGCUCACUGACAUCGUCGACUUCAAAGUGCCUGGAAAGGACAUCGUCUCCAAGGACAACGGUAUCCGGCCCAGUACCAUGGAGCAGAUGUCCAAACUGAAACCCGCCUUCAUCAAACCGCAUGGAACCGUCACUGCUGCUAACUCCUCCUACCUGACCGACGGCGCCUCUGCUGUGCUGAUAAUGUCAGAAGAGAAAGCGCUCGCUAUGGGUUACAAGCCUAAAGCGUACCUGAGAGAUUUUGUGUACGUAUCCCAGGACCCUAAAGACCAGCUUCUGCUGGGCCCGACCUACGCCAUCCCAAAAGUUCUGGAGAGGAGUGGCCUGACGCUGGCUGACAUCGAUGCGUUUGAAUUCCACGAGGCGUUCGCUGGCCAAGUUUUGGCUAAUCUGACCGCCAUGGAGUCGGACUGGUUUGCUCAGAACUGCAUGGGCCGGAAAGCUAAGGUGGGCGCCCCACCGAUGGAGAAGUUUAACCUGUGGGGUGGAUCGCUCUCUCUUGGACACCCGUUCGCCGCCACCGGCUGCAGGCUGGUUACUAUGGUAGCCCACCGGCUUAAGAAAGAGGGGGGGCAAUACGGGCUGGUGGCAGCAUGUGCUGCAGGAGGACAGGGCCACGCCAUGCUGGUUGAGGCCUGUCCUCAGUAGGACCGGACGUGACGUGGCAUCAUCUGUAACUAACAUGCAUAUACACACACACACACACACACACACACACACACACACACACACACACACACACACACACACACACACAUACAUACAGACGCAAUGCAGGGCAGAUCCUGUACAUAAUGCACCGUAAUGCCUUGAGAGAGCACGUCUGAGUGUGAUCUGAAUGUAUGUGCUGAGGCUGAAAUCACAGGGGCGACUAUAGCAAGAGGAUCUUAUUAGCAGUUAUACGCUCUUAAAAUGAUGGUUCUUAAGGGUUCUUUAGUGAAGGAAAUGGUGUAUAGAACCAUGAACACUCAAAAACUUUGCAUGAUUUUCAUUCAAUAUUUUUCAGAUCAUGCUGAAUUUGCUGAUGAUGGCUAGAAGCCUUUUCAUAAACGUUCUAUGUAGAACCAUUUUCUUUACUAAAGAACCCUUGGAGAACCUUAUUUAAGUGUAUAUCGUGCUGACUCUUCUGAAUAUUGUUUUUUUUUGACUGUUAUAACUCUGUGAUCUCAGUUCAAACUCCUCUUUUAAGAAUUGCAUUGAUGGUUGAUUUGCCGUUGUAUCAGAUUCCUGAUUAGCUUUAGCUCUUAAUAUAGAGUCUAUAAUCAGGCCUAAGAACUAAGGAAACUCACUCAAGCUCGCAUGUGUUGAUGCCAAGGCCGACUGUUUCCAUUGUGUCUUUAUUUUCUUUUUCUAGUCAUUUUCGCAAAUAAAUAAAUAAUUAAUUUAAAACUGCA